GGCACAGCUGGGCAGUGACAGAGUCACAGAGGUCGUGAAGAAGAUUCUUUGGUAAUUGUGCAAACAUAAGCCAGAUUCGUGACCUUUCUGUUCUUCGGGACACCAGGCAGGCAUUAACCAUCAGAUGAAACCAUUCUCUCACCACCUCCUGUGGAUAUUUCCCUGGUCUGACUUCACCACUCAUCCCGACAUACUACAGAAAGACAUGAGAGAGACCAAAAACACAUCCCUGGACACCGUCGUGACAGGCUUCAUUCUCCUGGGCUUACCUCACCCCCCCAGUCUGAGGACCCUCCUCUUCCUGGUCUUCUUCAUCAUUUACAUCCUGACUCAACUGGGGAACCUGCUCAUUCUGCUCACCGUGUGGGCUGACCCAAAGCUCCACGCUCGCCCCAUGUACAUUCUUCUGGGCGUGCUCUCAUUCCUGGACAUGUGGCUCUCCUCAGUCAUUGUCCCUCGGCUAAUAUUGGAUUUUACUCCUGCCAGCAAGGCAAUGCCCUUUGGUGGCUGUGUGGCUCAACUGUAUUUCUUUCACUUCCUGGGCAGCACCCAGUGUUUCCUCUACACCUUGAUGGCCUACGACAGGUACCUGGCAAUAUGCCAGCCCCUGCACUACCCCGUGCUCAUGAAUGGGAGGUUAUGCACCAUCCUCGUGGCUGGGGCUUGGGUGGCCGGCUCCAUCCAUGGGUCUGUCCAGGCCACCCUGACCUUCCGUCUGCCAUACUGUGGGCCCAACCAAGUGGAUUACUUUAUCUGUGACAUCCCUGCAGUAUUGAGACUGGCCUGUGCUGACACGACCGUCAAUGAGCUUGUGACCUUUGUGGACAUUGGGGUGGUGGCUGCCAGUUGCUUCAUGUUAAUUCUGCUCUCCUACGCCUGCAUAGUCCGCGCCAUCCUCAAGAUACGCACUGCUGAUGGGCGGCGCCGAGCCUUCUCCACCUGCGGCUCCCACCUAACCGUGGUCACAGUCUACUAUGUCCCCUGCAUUUUCACCUACCUCAGGGAUGGCUCCAAGAGUCCCCUGGAUGGGGCAGUGGCUGUGUUUUACACUGUUGUCACUCCAUUACUGAACCCCCUCAUCUAUACCCUGAGGAACCAGGAAGUGAAGUCUGCUCUGAAGAGAAUAACAGCAGGUGGAAAGGCCACCAGAGAAAACAAGUAACUACAGGCCCAGGGACUUCCUGCCUCACCAUUGCUACCAUACCUCUCGGCUUCUGCUGCGUGUGGCAAACGUUCCAUAAACUGCUACCUUACACUGAACUGAAUUUAAUUCUAUUGAGAAGAGACUUCUGAACUCCUUGUAUUCAUAAUCUUUUCUUCUCAUUAAAUUGGUUCAAAUUGUUUGA